AUUAGAAAAACAAAAAAAAACUCAGGAAAGAAGCCCUAAAAAUCACAGAAACGUUGAAGGAGGCGGUAAUGGUAGUGAAGUGACGAUGGGCAAUAAAGAAGGCGAGGAUGAGGAGGAGGAGGACAUUGACAUCAAUCCCUUGACAAUGCUCCUCCCUGAUGUUCAACAACCACAAGAAGUAGUAGUAGAAGACGAUAUUAAAUUACCUGCACUUGAUCAUCAACAGCUUCUUCAGCAUCACUACCUCCAUUCACUCCACUCCACGGUUGCGAUCCGCCAGCUCCGCUCCCAAGGCCUCUCUUUUCAGCUCUGGCCCGCCGCCACCACCCUCUUCACUCUCCUCGACCGCCACCGCUCUCAUCCUCUCACCAGCCCCCUCACGCCCACUCUCUCCUCCUUGCCCGCCCGCCUCCGCAUCCUCGAGCUCGGUUCCGGCACCGGCCUCGUCGGAAUAUCCGCCGCCGCCACUCUCGGAGCCUACGUAACCCUAACGGAUCUCCCUCACGUUCUUCCGAACCUCCAAUUCAAUGCCGACGCCAACUCCCAAGUCCUGGCCCAGCAUGGCGGAUCCGUCCACGUGGCGGCACUCGGAUGGGGGGAAUUGGAUCACAUGGAAGCGAUUGGGCGAGACUACGAUCUGAUAUUGGGAUCGGACGUAGUGUAUCAUGAUCACCUGUACGAUCCUCUGCUUGAGACGCUGCGAUUCUUCUUGGUGGGAGGAGAGAAGAGUGUGAUGUUCUUGAUGGCGCAUUUGAGGAGGUGGAAGAAGGAAUCGGCGUUCUUCAAGAGGGCGAAGAAAGUGUUCGAUGUGGAGGUGAUACACGCAGAUGGUCCUUCUGAUGGAUUGAGGGUUGGGGUAGUUGUUUAUCGUUUUGCAGCCAAGCCAAGCAUCAGAAUUUGAAUGCAAAUGCCAUGUGUAGCAGUUAAUCCUUCCAUAAGAAAGAAACCUCGGUUGUAUUUUUUUGUUUUCUGUUUUUAUUUUUUUUAACAAAGUUUUUUUCUUUUUUGAAAAGCAAAUGAUCAAUUGAUCUUUAAAA